GUGUGAGUGUGUGUUACUGGAAAUAUGAUUGCAUCCACCCAUGUUCAGCUCUCACUUAGUCGUGCGACAGGAAGUCCUUCACUUUGUGUGAAGACGCCUGAAGCGGAUAAAGAAAGACAGACAUGAAGAGACACAAACACGCCUCCAAGUGGUUCGGCAGUCUGGCCAACCUUUCCAUGCGCCUCCCGUCUACCAGACAGAAGGCCGCCCCAGAGCAUCUUGGGAGCAGGGCCAGGUCAGCUGACGACAUGGAGUCCGGCCCCCAGCAGGGCGGCUACGUGCGCUCCAGCGACAUGUACACUCAUGUGGGCACUGUGCCCCGCGGCGAGAGGCACCAGCGGAGCUGUCGGGGGAUGAAGCAGACCAGGACAAAGACGACGGGGGACGAGGAGAAUGGGGGCGGUGGGGGGCGGAGGCAGCCGGGGGAACACGUACGAGACUCCCCCCUGCUCGGCGCUCUGUCCGGGCUCAGUCUCAACUGCCCGGACGGUCCCGCCGGCGCCUCCGCAGCCGCACGACCGCUGCCUGCCACGCCGAGGCUCAGCCGAGCUUCAGCUUUGACCUCCGACAGCGACCCUCGGGGCCAGGAUGCUGAGGGCGCUCCCAUCGUGCCAAAGAGUCCCGCUCAGGACGUGUACGUCCCCAUGGACCCCAUAGGUGACGCCGCCCGCAGACACGUGCACGAGCCGGGCCUCACGUGCACGCAGGGCACCACAAAGGAAGAGGAAGAUGUGCACAGCCAGCCUGAGGCAGCAGACAGCAGCGGUGAAUACGUCAAGUUCUCCAAGGACAAGUUCUGGUUGGAGCCGCCAUCGGAGAGCCUGAGGAGGCAGUUGGAGGAGGAGCUGAAGCUCGGCAGCGCCAACCUGAGGAGCCAUGCCUGGUACCACGGACCCAUUCCCUCGGAGGUGUCCGAGAGCUUGCCUUUGACCCACGGUGACUUCCUCAUCAGGGACUCUGACUCCAGUCUGGGUGACUUUGUCCUGACAUCUCACUGGGACCAUAAGACAACCCACGUCCCCAUAAGGAAGAUAGUGGUACAGUCCAGUGACAACGGCACUCGGGUCCAGUACAGCCUGGACCAGGAGGUCUUUGACUCCCUGCCCGCACUCGUUCGCUUCUACGUGGGCGGCAGAGCGGUCCUGACCCGCCAGAGCCCGGCACAGAUUCACCAGCCGGUCAACAGGACGCUGCCGCUGAGCUACCUGGAGACAACGUUUGGCGCCGCCGUUGACUCGUCACCCUCGCGGAUUUCCCUGGAAGACCUCAGUGAGGGGGAGGUCCGCGGCGAAAGGUUGUCACUAAACACCACCGUACAGACCGAAAUAUCUUCGUUUUUGCACCACCAAGACCGUGACCACCCUGCGCUCACCCCUGACGAAGAGACCCGCCUCCCAGCUGACAAGGGAGUUGAGUCCGGAAGCGCUGCUCCGCGGCACCUCACAGGAAGUCGGGAGGACGGACAUUCCGGCACCCCGCCUGUCGUCGCCCCAGCUGAGCGGGUGCAAGUGAAAAGGGCCGCCGUGCGGCCAGACGCAGAUGGAAGCUGCUACGCGGACAUCUCCCCGGGCCCCCGGAGCUUCGUGGAGCGGCUUAGUGCGGAGGAGGACAUUGUCCGGGACGUCUGCUCUCCUCCCGUGGUGGAGACAGUGUCCUCCUUCCGGCCCGGCAGGUACCGGUCGGCGCUGAUGCCCGCAGAGAACAAGCCUCUGGAAGCGGGCGUCCUGCGGAGGGUGAAGGCGCUCUUGGCCGAGGCGGACCCGAAGACGGCGGCCCGCCACAUCACCAAGUGUGACUGCACGGUGGCGCGAAUACUGGAGGUGCUGCCGGAGGUUCAGAGGAUGAUGGGAGUCACCUCAGGGAUGGAGCUGCUCACGCUGCCACACGGACAACGCCUCCGACUGGACCUGCUGGAGAGGCUGCACACCAUGGCCACCAUGCUAGCGGUCAACGUGCUGGGCUGCACGGGCACCACCGAGGAGCGGGCGGGCCUGCUGCACAGAAUGGUCCGCACGGCGGCCGAGCUGAAGUGCAACAUGGGAAACAUGUUUGGCUUUGCUGCUGUCAUGAGAGCGCUGGAGCUGCCACAGGUGGGGCGUCUGGAGCAGACCUGGACGAUGUUACGCCAACGGCACACAGAGGGCGCUAUUCUCUACGAGAAAACUCUGAGGCCCUUCCUGAAGAGCCUGAACGAAGGCAAAGAAAGCUGUCCUUCCUCCAGCACCAGCUUCCCCCACAUCCUCCCCCUCCUAUACCUCCUGGAGAAAGGUGUGGCGGUGGGUGAGGGGGCGGAGCCCUGGGAGACGGUGGAUGCCGGAGUAGACGUGCUGAUGUUCCACCUCGAGGAGGCCAGGACCAUUGCGCAGCUGGGGGGCGUCUACAGGUGCAACGCUGAGAACAAACUGCAAGGUUUCCAGGAGCAGGAGGACCUCACUGAGGUGUUCCACACUGACUUCCAGAUGAGGCUGCUGUGGGGGAGCAGGGGGGCCAUGGAGAGUCAGGCACUGCGCUACGCCAAAUUCGAGCAGGUGCUGACGGCCUUGUCCAACCGCCUGGAGCCGCCCACGCGACCCCGCUGACGUCGGCCGCACGUCUUCGCUCACAACGGUCACGUGACGCCACCAUGACUACACUUCCAUGCGGGCACUGACUGAGCGAUGAAGGGGAUGCUACUUUGCCACUUUAGAUUUUGUAAAUCAACACUUGUACAUUCCAAUAAAGUUGUGCAUUUAUCUAAA